AUGUUGAAGCAAGAAAAUAUGCAGUCAACUGCUAAUUUCAAAAGGUCUAUAUUGCCAAGGAAUAGGAGCCAAGUGGCAGAUUGCCUCUAUGAACUCUCUCUUGCAGAAACUAUGGUAAAGCCAGAAGUUGCUACAAUAAAGAAACCACCCACUCUAAUCAACUAUGCAAUAUACGAAGCAGUAGCUGCAGACACUUUGGGCUUUCCCAGUAUAUUACCAAAUUGA